UUCUGCUGGCACCGAGGCAGCAAGAACCCGCUCGUCGAUCGAUCCAGCGAGAGCGAGCCCCAUCAAUCUCUCGGUAACCCGUUCGACGAAAUGCCCCCGAAGGACGCAGCAGCGCAGGGGGCGCCCGGAGGCGGCGACCGCCUCAGCGGCCUCCGGGACGAGAUCCUCUUACGGGUCAUGGGGCACCUCAAGGCGUGGGAGGCGGUGCGCACGUGCGCGCUCUCCACGCGGUGGCGCAACCUGUGGGCAUCCGCGAGCCGCCUCGACAUCCGCCACCCGUGGCCCUGCUGCCUCCUCGCCGCCGACGACCAGGUCCCGGUGGUGGAGGCGUUCGCCGCCGCCGACCAGGUCCUGGCGGAGACGUUCGCCGUCGCCGACCAGGUCCUGGCGGAGACGUUCGCCGCGUUCGUCAAGAACCUGCUGCUCCGGCGGCUUCCGCUGGCGCAACUGGACUCGCUCCGCCUCUGCUGGAGCCACGAGGCCCCCGACGGCAACGCCAACUUCUGGAUCGCCUACGCCGUCAGGCACGGUGCAGAGGAAAUCGAGCUCUCCGCGGAGCAUCACUUCCCGAAGCCGUCGCCGCAGUACAUGAGAUUCAUUGUUGAUGGCGAUGAAGACGCCAACUAUCGCCUCAAGAUCUUGAAGCUUAUCCAUGUCCGGCUGGGUGGCACCACCCUCACGCAGCUCUGCUCUAGGUGCGCUCUUUUGAGAGAACUGGAGCUCCAGGAUUGUGACAUACCAUACGAGACAAAGAUUCAGCCGAUCUUGCUGGAGCGUUUGACCAUGAUUAGGUGCCAAAUCAUGAGACCCCUCUCUGUUUAUGCUCCGAACCUUGUCGCGCUGCAGUUCAGCGGAAAUCUUGGAUAUGUUCCGUGGAUCCAGAACUUGGGAUUGCUAGCAGCAUCCAAUAUCAAGCAGCAGGCAGAGGCACCACAUUAUAACUACUCUGAGGGCUCCAGUCUUGGUUCGUGGGACCUCAAGAUCUUGAAGCUCUCUCAUGUGCAUCUGGAUGACACCAUCCUUAGGCAGAUCUGUUCUAGGUGCACUUCUUUGGAAGAACUAGAGCUCAAGAAUUGUUCGAUAGAUGGCGAGGAGAUUGGGUCCACCUCGCUGAAGUAUCUGACUAUGAUCAGCUGCAAAUUCUCUAUUGCAUUCAGGGUUCAAGCUCCGAACCUUGCCUUACUGCGCUGCAUCAAACCAUUUCAACAUUUUCCUCUGAUCCAGAAAAUGGAAUUCCUAGUCACAGCGACUAUUGUUCUUGAUGACUAUUGCUUGCUUCCUGAUUGUCAAUGGCUACAGGAGGAGGAUGACUCAGAUGAUAACAGCAACGAUGAUUAUGAUAAUUACUUUGGUGAUAACAAAAGCAAUGAAUCUGAUGGUAGUAGUAACUACUAUGAUUCUGAUCGGUCUGCAUCUAGUGAUGAGGAGGACGAUGACCGUACUGUGGGCUAUGGUGAGAUUUCGAAGGAGCAUAAACAUAAACCAUACAAGUAUUUGAUUAAUGGUCAUAAACGCCGUGCUGAUGAACCUAUGGAAAAUUUCCAUGGAAAGCAUGGUUCUGAUAAUUUUGGUGGUGUUGGUAUGCUUUUGGGUCUCUCAGACGUUAAAACAAUGGACCUGUUAGCUCAUCCAGGAGAGGUGCUGCUGACGAGGGAAUUGAAAUCAUGCACUGACUUCAAAAACCUGAAGACUCUGUCCCUUGGUGAAUGGUGUAUAACUCCUAGAUUUGAUGUUCUGGCAGCCAUGCUUGGGCAUUCGCCAAACUUAGAGAUCCUUUUUCUUCACCUCGACAUGGCCUAUAACAGCAGAGUGGGUUUCAAUCUAUGGGCAAGUUCAUUCGAGUGCACCAACCUGAAGACGGUGAACAUCACCUGCUGUAAGCAUGAUGUAAUGGUCCACACAUUGGCAGAUUUCUUCAGUGAGAAUAGCAUACCAAAUGACAAGAUUUUUGUCCGCCGGACUCCCUGCUCUGGAUGCACCGGAGGCACAAGCUCUCAGGCAAAGCACAAGGCGCAAAGUGAAGCUGAAAAGAGAGAAGCAAAGCGGAUGAAGAUAGGAAACUGAGGAAGACCCAGCUGAUGAGGGUACGCUGGCUGACGUCAUACUGCAAUUGUGUUAGUGAAGAAGACGAUUAGUUAGGGCAUCUUGUUGCCGUCUCACUGUGUUAGUGAGUUGCUUAGGUUAGAUUGUAUUCUGAGCAGAUCAAAAAAAAAAUGAUGGCAGAACUUGGGAUGAACUUUCCUUUGGUUCAUCAGCAAUUCGGCAUUUCAGUGUAGGUAUGACUGUAUAUGUGUUCAUUCAUCAUUGGGUUGUAUGGAAGUGGUUGAUCGAAAAUUCAGAAUGUAUACUGACUUGAACACAAGCUUCAGAUGUCCUCCGCUGAGGAGCAAUGUGUUGACGCCUUUUUCGGUCCACUUUUGGGCGUUAACACAAUGCAUAUAAAUAAAUCUGGUCUUGGA